GGUGGAGAAGGAGACGGCAGCAGCGGCGGCGGCGGCGCAGUGGUGGAAAGGUCGGUAAGUGGCCAGGGAACUGGCAGCGGUCGGCAGCAGGAGGAGGGCAGUGCCGAGGUAGACGAGGAAGCGAGCGUACGAGCGUCGCUGGGUGUUGCGUAGGUGCUUCGGCGACGAGACCGCGAGCACGAUAAAAGGACACAGAGUGCGCGCGCGCGCGCGCUUACGAGAGUCAGUGGUUAAUCCCUGAGCGAUCCUGCCGAGGAUGCUCGCGUAGGCCGGCGAGUCACCGCCACCGCCACCGCCACCGCCGCGUUCGCCGUUCCAUGCUGGGCUUCGGCCUCGGCGCCCCCAUUACCACCGAGUGCCCGAGGAGCGGCUCCGGGCUCAAAUUCAGCCCUGGCUACAUGUGAGAGUGUCGCCGCGAGCUGUGCGCCGGUGGAGACGCGCGCUGCUGCCACGGGCAUCGCGACCUGGACGGACGAUUGCCGGCCCCGCGCAACCAUGAGCUGGGGAACGGAGCUCUGGGACCAGUUCGAAAAUCUAUCCCUCCACACGCAAAAGGGGAUAGAUUUUCUGGAGCGAUAUGGCCACUUCAUUCGGGAUCGCUGCACCAUCGAGGAGGAGUACGCGACGAAGCUCAGGAAUCUGGUGAAGCGCUACCAGCCGAAAAAGAAGGAGGAGGAGGAUUAUCAGUACAGUCCGUGCCGGGCGUUCAAGAAGGAGCUGAAUGAAGUUAACGACCAGGCAGGCCAGCGGGAGGUUAUCGCCGAGAACCUCCAGGCCAACGUGCUGCGCGAGCUCGGCAUACUCGUUAAGGAGUUCAAGGAGGACCGGAAAAAGUACCUGCAGGAGGGCGUGAGACUGCGCACGACCCUCGCCGGCCAGAUUGGCAACCUCGAGCGAGCGCGUAAAGCGUACGAGAAGGCCUUCAGGGAGGCGGAGAGGGCCUCCGAGAAUUACCAAAAGGCAGAUGCGGACUACGAUCUGUCGCGCUCCGAGGUUGAAAAACAGAGGAUGAAUAUGAAUAUGAAGACGCAACAAAGUGAAGAAGCCAAGACGGAGUAUGCAAAACAAUUGCAAACUACAAACGACAUGCAAACCCUACAUUAUCACACAGCCAUGCCAGAAGUAUUUCAACACUUGCAGGAAUUGGACGAGAAGCGGAUAAAGAACAUGAGGAAUUACAUGCUCAAGUCCGUGGAGAUCGAGCGCUCGGUAUCGCCCAUCAUCACCCAGUGCCUCGACGGCAUCGAGAAGGCCGCGAAUGAAAUUAACGAGAAGGAGGACACGUUCCUGGUGAUCGAACGCUACAAGAGCGGCUUCCAGCCGCCCGGCGACUUCCCCUUCGAGGAUCUCUCCGCGGCGAAGAUGCUCGACAGCAAUAGCCGGUUUCCCCAGCCGGCGAUGCAGCCGAUCCAUAAUCACCUCACGGUCAAGGGCACCGUAUCCGGCAUGAAGACCAAAAAGCGUGUCGGCAUUUUCGGUAUUUUCAGCAGCAACAAGAAGUUGAUCGAGGUGUGCAUAGCUUUGAAGAACAAUGUUCCGGGUUACGGUGACGGCGCAAAGGAGGACUUUAGCGACCUGCCGCCCAAUCAGCGUAAAAAACGACUGCAGCAGAAGCUCGAUGACAUGCAAGCAAAAAUACAGCAAGAAACGGCGGCGAGGGACGCCCUGAUGAAGAUGAAAGGCGUCUACGAGCAGAAUCCCGCCCUUGGCGAUCCCAUGACUAUAGAGAGUCAAUUGAGCCAGUCGAGUAACAAGCUUGACAAACUCGGCGCCGAGCUGAUCAAAUUCCAAGGAUAUUUGGACGAUGCCAUUAAGGCGGGCGUUAGUUUAUCAAGCCCGAGUCAGUUACAAAGAAAACCAACGACAAAUGGCUCAGCCACAAGGCCAUUAAGUUCGAGAAGGUCGAGUCAUUCGGGAGGCGAGGAAAGUUUGUCGAGAUCCGCGUCAGAUUCCAGCGUUAGCAAUGCUAAUGCCAAUCAGGCGCUGAAUAAAAAAAGUACACCAGGCACACCACAGCCGACGCAUGGUUCCACGAAUAGCCCGGAGUCUGGUCUUGGAGCAUCAAGGACAUCGCUGCCAGGCAGCACAGGGGAAGAAUAUUACGUCGACGAGGUAGACGCUCAGCCUCCCCUUGGAACUUGUAAGGCCCUGUAUCCUUUCGACGCCACUAGCGAAGGUUCGAUACCAAUGUACGACGGCGAGGAGCUCUACAUGAUUGAAUUGGAUCAAGGCGACGGAUGGACAAGAGUUCGUCGAAUUUCGCAGCCGAUCGAGGGCUUCGUGCCUACAUCAUACAUAGAAUGUCAUUUAUAUAAUACAUAGUCACGAUACUUGGCCCGCUUACAAUAAAGCAUUAUAAAAAGCGAAAUCGAGGAAUCUGAAGAGAUGCCGGUCGUCGCUAAAGGUUAAUAUUGUCACUUGGAACUCAGCAUAUACAUAUCUCGGAUUGACUGGCUGCUUAGAGGGAUAUUGAUCGAGUAGAGAAUGCCCGUCGAGCUGCAACGAGAGCU